UUCAAAUUCAAUUAUUAUUAUUGUCAUAUUUUCUCCAUCUCCAUAGACUCUAUUGUCUCUCUAUAUAUACAUACAACGUACACGUUCACAAUGAACUGCAAAUUCAGAUCCCUCCAGCAACCUCUUAAUUCUCUGUGUCUCCUCUCUGAGUGAAGAUGAAGAAGAGCAGCAACAGUGAGGCAUCCAAGGUUGACAGAAAGAUGGUGGAAAGAAACAGAAGAAUCCAAAUGAAAGGCCUUUGCUUCAAGCUUGCUUCUCUUAUUCCCCCCCACUACAUCAAACCCUCCAAGGAAAUGCUUUCACAGCUAGAUCAGCUUGAUUACGCAGCCUCCUACAUAAAACAGCUGAGGGAAAGAAUAGAAAAAUUAGAGGGUGAGAAGGAAGAAGCAACGAGUUUAGGUAAUAGCAAUAAGAUGAUUGACACGAUGAAGAUUGGCACAAAGUGGCCUGUAAUUGAUUUAAGAGACAUGGGAUCCAGUAUAGAAGUGAGUUUGAUAUCUGGGUUGCACAAGAACUUCAUGUUUUCUGAAGUUAUAAGUAUUCUUCACGAAGAAGGAGCUGAAGUUGUUAGUUCUAGCUUUUCUACUGUGGGUGAUAAAGUUUUCCAUUCAAUUCAUGCUCAGGUAAAAAUUUCUAGAGUUGGAGUUGAUACUUCAAGGGUAUUGCAAAGAUUGCAGGAGUUGGUAUACUGAAUCCAUCUGUUGCUGCAAAUCAUUUAAUUAGAUUGGAGGAUGGGAGUAACUCAGUUCUCAUGCAUUUUUCUUUUCUCCAAAACCUGAAGAUCAAGAUUUUCUUGUCUGGGGAUCCGGAUAUUUGGAUCAUUAGAUAACGAGGGAUGAUCCAAUUAAUUAAGGAUGGAGUUAACAGUUAAUUUGUAUUUGAAUUUACCUUUGCUGCAUGUAAAUUAAUUUCGAAUUGAAGUUCAAUAUCAGAGUCAUUCUCAAUA